UGCACAUUUUCAAAAAGCCGACUUGGAAAACCACAAGCGUUUCAGGUUUCCUGUUUUCCAACUCCGUUCAAAUAAGUUAUUGGCGAAUUCAAUCAAAAUCCCAAGCAGCAAAACGCAUGCGCAGCUAUCAACACAUCGCAAUGUUGUCGCCACAACCAGCACGCGCAAUGAAAGCAACAACAACAGCAAAGACAACCACUUCAUUAGCCACAUUAGUACUUCUUCUACUACUCUCAUUAACCACCGUCAACGGACAGACGCAAGCGCCAUCGCAAAAACAUAAUGUGGAGAUAACCGGCAAACCCAGCAUCUACAAGCCCGCUGUCAUACGCACGGAACUACGCUUCGGACGUAAUCUGGAUCCGGAAAAGGUGCGCGUCGUCAAUGUGAAAUCUAACACAGGCGAUAAUGUGGAAAUUUUAGUAGGCAAAGAUUCGCGACGCGGACGCCUUGAUGAUGCCGCAGGUAGCUUCUUUGUGCGCAGCGCCGAUGUGCGCAAGCCAACGCCACGCCCGCAGAAUGCCAAACCGUCCGUUUUCAGUUUCCAACAUACGCCAGCGUUGUUGAAACAAGUCGAACUGGCGCGUCAGAGCCGCGAUUAUCAAGAGCGCAAAGCCGAAGCUGAAGCGCGCCAAGUGCUAAAGAUACAAAAUGCCUUGCGUCAGGCGGACAGUAUGUCAGCCGCCAGCGGCAGGACGCAAUAUGCACGUGGUCUACAAUUUCGUGACUCUAAUGAGCCGCAAUGGCAGCGACAGCAGCGAGGUGUGCAACAGCGCGCAGCCGACGAGUUCAGAUUUGUGUCGCCUGACGCACAAAAGUUUGGCAGCCCCUUCAACUAUAUACCCAUAGCGCAGAGUACAAAUACAAAUAACAAGAACUUCUCAUUUCCCUCUGCAGCCGCCGCCUCACGCAGUCAACCCAUCGAUCGCUCGUGGCAACCGCUAGAGUCCGUCAGCGCGCCACAUACACGCAGUAUGCGUCAAGCACCCGACCUGUACAACAACAAUGCUGGCACAUAUCAGCUCGGUAAUGGCUACAGCUUCCGUCCCAUCUUCAAUGCGGCUCUACGCUCAGUUGCCGAGUACUAUACAAACGCCGCCAGUAAUCAGGGUAGUGCAAGACGCGCCACACGCCCCAAAAAUAUCAUCACCAAAGAUGACUAUGUUGCGGCGAGCAAGAAGAAGACCACCUACAUACCCGCAGCGGUAGUGUUGACCUCAUCCACAGCCGUCAUGCCAGCCAAUAGUAAUGCUAAUACUAAGCCUAACACAAAUUUCGACAACAACAGCUACAGUAAUCAAUACAAUAGCAAUAAAUUAAGCAAUCAAUACACGAACACAUACAAAAAAACACCCUCCACAAAGCAUCCUAAAGUGCCCAAAUUGAGAGACACACCAACGCAACAGUAUGCGGCGGCCUCGGCGCCUACCUCGACGAUCGUAGACGGUCCAGCGGUAACGGUGAUUGAAGGUGUACGCGUGCCCGACGCGCCCGAAGACAAAGUCAGGACCUGGCGUAAUGCACGUGUGUUGAACAACAAGCUCGUACCUUACCCGGAUGGUUAUACGCCGCCCAAAGUGCAGAUCCAGCAUUUCGAUAGAUGAGUGAAUGAACCCACGUGACCGUUGCAUAACUAUAGUAAUUUAACUGCCAAAAAUGAAAAGGAUUUCUAAUUAUUUCCAUAACUUCAUUACUUCACGAACACACUUUACCUUUGGCAUAGCUGAGCGGAAAAAGAGAGAGAGAGAAAGAUAGAGAGAGUAUCAAGCGUUUCAACCAGCAGCUUAAUUGAGUCAAUUAUCGUAUGGUCUACAUUAAUGCUUGCAGAAAGAAACAGCUAAUUGACUCAAUCAAGCGCCUGCUUGUAAUGCCUGGAAGAGUUCAUUAAAACCUCACGAGCGAAGCUAUGACCUCUGAAAACAUUCUUGCUGCACGUUUUUUGUAAUUUAUUUAUGUUUAUUUUUAAUAUUUAAUUUAAGAAAGCUACAGGCAAAUAAAAACUGAAAACUUUACAAUUUUUAGUCAUAAGUUAUCCUUUCGUUUCAUGUAAAAUAAGUGAGAUCAUUUUUAUUCUCGAGCUAUUUAUAAAAUCCACAUAUUUCUAAGCAACUCCCGAAGUUAAUU